ACCAUCCCAAUCCUGUACGCUGCAAGUCAAUUCCCCGGAUGUGAGAAGAUGGAGGAAUGCCAGAAGCAAACAUGGCUGCCUGUCUUCAUCUUCAGCAAAGACAGGCCCUGUCAACUUCUGUGCUCGUUGGCUUCAUUGUUGAGGCACCUCAAAGCAGAAGCUCUAGAGAUCUUCAUUCUCUAUAAAACCUCGCCUGGCUUCCGCGACUCCUACUCUGUGGUGGAAACAUUGUUGGAUAGGGGGCUGUACAACUCACUGGCUACAAAAGUAGCAUUUCGGUGGAUGGAGGAGACUGAGACCAAUCCUUUGGGCCAGCUUUUGGACCAGGCUUUGGCGAGCGCCAGAGACAGAGCCGCACAGACGGUGCUGUUGACAGUCGACGACGCUCUUUGGUUUCAAGAUUUCGAUGCAACGUCUGCAAUGAAGCUCUUGGAGAAGGAUGAGCGAAUCUAUUCAGUGCAUACAAAGCUGUGCCCACGCAUUGAGUACGUCCAUACAAGCAACAAGUUUAUGCGAGUGCCGCCAUUUAGCCGCCAGAAUCACCGUCUCCCCUUGGACGCAGAAUAUGUUGAGACUUCGGAACUACUGGUUUUUGAUCGUGCAAAGGGCGAAUAUGACUGGAACUACCCAUGGGAAUUGAGUGCAUCUUUUUACCGCUUGGACUCAAUAGAGGAAGUCUUGCGCAUGGUUCGAUCCGAAUUUGGCUCAUGUGCAGCAGACCAUCCAAACCAUUUGGAGGGCUAUGGUGCACGGCUGCUCAAACAGCAGAAGCUGGCAACCGCGAAUUCAGCCUCGCUCUGUGCCUGUUCAGAUCGCCCAGUUGUUGCAGUGGUAACCAUAAAUCGGGUGCAGAGCUUGUUUGCAAACCCUGUGUAUCACACGGUUGGCUCUGAACUAUCACCGGAAGAAUUGGACAAGGUUCUUCGCUAUGCUUUGAUGCAGUCGGCCCCCAAGGCUGAUUCUAUGUCAAGUGGCCAAAGCGCAGCAGCUGCCCUUGUGGAGCACUUAGAGCGAUCGUUGGAGUGGGUUCUUUCUUACUUAGAGCGACCGUUGGAGAGAAAGGCCAACGAAACUGAAGAGCUGCAGACCUGGGAAGCCUUUGAUGUAGCCAGCUGGCCUCCCUGGAUAUUGGCGAGUGCUGCUGAAUCCUAUGCAACAACCUAUAUGGAUAGUGUGCAUGUGCCGUUGCCAACCAAAAAGAGCUUUGGCCGUUCAGACGUCGAAGCUCCCAUCGUUUCUUGGCUGAUGCCGGUGAAGGACACUCCAUCAGCUUGGCUGGAUCUCGCAUUUCGCAGCAUUGAGCAGCAAGUGGGGAUGGCUCCGGGAAGUUGGGAACUGAUUGUCGUGGACGAUGGAUCAUCUGAGGCUGAAACCUUGACGACCCUUGCUGUGUGGGAUUCGAAUCCUUCAAUUCGGGUGCUUCGUUCCAAGGGUGUCGGCAUUGCUGCUGCGCUGAAUGAAGGCUGGCGUCAGUGUCGGGGAAGGUAUGUGUCUCGAUUGGAUGGUGAUGAUUACGCCCAUCCAACACGAUUGGAGAAGCAAAUCAGCUUUCUUGACAGACAUCCGUCCAUUUCGAUUGUUGGUGGAGGCUUCUGCACCUUUGAGGAAACAUCUUGCUUGCAGCAGUAUCGGUUUCCCUGUCAUCCAGUCCUGGCUCGAUGGCAUAUGAUAUUUUCCUGCUCUUUAGCACAUCCUACAGUGACCUUUCGUCGCAGCAGUUUUGGUCAAGGUCCAUAUCCAGAGGGAAAAGAAGCUGAAGAUCAUUGGUGUUGGCUUUCUUUGCCGCUGGAUGUUCAUUUUGCGAAUCUGGCGGAUGUUGCUUGCUACAUUCGGCGACAUCCAUCAUCGCGAAGCUCCAAAGCGGCUGCUGCACUUCAACGUUCUUCAUUUGACGCCGUGUCAGCAUUCCUGCAACGCCAUGGAUUCGCAGAUGGUCUUAGGGAAGAAGAUGUCAAAGUCUUGUGGGGGAAGGCAAAUGCAGUUUCCGCAGAGCAAGCGGACAGGGUCUCUAAAGCGCUUGAUUGGCUGGAGAAGUUCUUUGUGUCAAUGAUACAAAGUGGCGGGGCUACUGAUGGAGUUGUCUAUUCGCCGGAUUUUGAGGAGGAUUUUCUGGGAUUGAGAAAGACUGCUCUUGAAGACUAUGUUAGCUCUUCAUGUGGCAAACUGCGAGGCGUUCUUGCCGUACAGUCUUUGGCAUCGGGUGACGUGGAUGUUGGAGCUGCAAUGAUGAAGAAUUGGCUUAAGGGUGGAGAUGCUGGUCUGAAGAGCUUGGGAGCCUUGAUCCAGUCAGGCUACUCGCCCAACGGAUAAAAAAUACAAAGGUUGCACCGAUCUUGCAUGAGGCCCACAACUAUUCUGAGCUGGACCUGAGCCAUUUCGCCUGUCAACUUUGGUAGUUGUGACAUCAUAUGCUUUUGGCUCAAAGCGGCUACGUGGUUGCAGGUUGCUCGCAGUUCUAG